UUGCAGACGUGGCAUCGUACAUUUCUUAGAAUACUCAUAAUUACGCUCGCUAUUACAUCUCAAUUUUAAAGAGACAAAUCGCAUAAGAUUGUGAUUAUAAUCUAAUACAAGCGGUUCUUAGUCUUCUUAUUGUGCUAAAUAUACCGCAAAUAAAAAUCUAUCUUUGUUAGAUUCACGUGAAUAAUGAUGCGGAUCAAUAAAUAGAAUCUUAUAUUGAUAUUGGGAAACACGAUUGACAAUUGAGUCAAUCUUAGGAGCAAUCAUGUAAACGUCAGGAAUUAUUCUGAAAGUCUUUGUUGCGUAUAAUCGUCAACUUGUAUGAAAAGCACGUUUUUUGAGAUCAGCUGCAACCUAGUUUUAAUUUAAUUUCUCGGUAUCAUGAUCGAGGAAGCUACGACGUUCGAUAUGACGGACGAGCAACUGUUCUCCGCCCUUGGCUUCACAACGGACACCAACAUCGAGAGACAGCUAUUUUCCCCGACCAAGACGAAUCUACCUAGCGAUUACGAAAUCUCGAGUACACUCAGCGACGACUUCGGAAUAUUCGACAAUCAAUUAAACAUAAUAAAUCCGACAGAUUGCUAUACUGACUUAACUUGUUCUCCGCAAUCAUCUUGGAACGAUUGGUCGACUACCAAUACUCCUACAUUGUCAGGUUAUUUUAGCGAAUUGGGUGAAUUGGAUUCAGAGCUGGACUGGUGUCUAGAGAAGAGCUGGGACUUCGGUCUUCCGGAAAGAACACCAUUGUGCACUGCAGGAUGCGAAGGAUUUUUGCAUCUACCGCCUCUAUCGAAUCCGCAACAGAUGCCGCAAUAUGAGGAACCAUUACUAGUACUCGGCAUCGAUUUACGAGCAUUGGAGAACACAUUAGGAACAAAUACGAUAGAUUAUAACAACAACCAGUUAAACAACAAUCUCCUAAUCUCAUCAGCAGCUACUGCCGCUUUAGCAACCCACGAUUAUACUAAUCGUAGUUUAGCAAAUGCGUCCGAAGAUCGAUGCUUCCCAUGUACUUAUCAAGGAUGUCUAAAAGUAUACGCCAAAGCAUCUCAUUUGAAAGCUCAUUUACGUCGACAUACUGGCGAGAAACCGUUCGCGUGCACUUGGACCGGUUGCGUAUGGCGUUUCAGUCGAUCGGAUGAGCUGGCGAGGCACCGACGAUCGCAUUCGGGCAUUAAACCGUACUCGUGCGAGAUUUGCUUGAAAAAAUUUGCACGAAGCGAUCAUCUGGCCAAGCACCGUAAAGUGCACCGGAAAAAUGCCUACCCAUUGUUUCACGGGGCUAGAGGACUACGUAGCGGCAAGAUAAAUGUUUUACCAUCAGAAAUCUAAGACUCCUCUCGUCUUUUAAAAUUACUUUUUAAUUAAGAAAGCAAACCAAAGUUUAUCACUAGGACACGAAACAUCUACGACAUAAUUUUUACAUAAUCGACAAAUAAAAUACUUAAACUGAUCUAUAUAAAGAUAACAAGAUAAUUUCUGCCAAUUUAAUGAUGUAGAUUAGUUUUUUUUAUAUUUUCGGCGGCUAAUUUUCCUUGAAGUUAUAAUACACUUAUUUGUAUUCUCUAUUAAAGAAUCACUAGUAUUAAUUCUAAUGAAAUAGUAUCAUAAAUUAGUUAAGAUAAUCAAGAGAUUAUAUAAUUAAGAUAACGCCAGAAAUUUUUUUCGAAUACCAGAAAGCAAAAUUAGUGUAAUAAACCGAAAUUACAUGAGAUUCACUCAACCUAGUAUUAGUGCGACUAGUCUUUAUUGGCGGCAGUUAACAUUGAUAAAAAAUUGUUAUCAACGUCGUAUAGAAUAAAAUUACGGAAAAAAUGCA